CUUCCUUCUACCCCGUUAUGUCGGAGACCGCGCCGCUGCUGCCGGCUGCAGAAGAUCCAGGAUACUGCGGGACUACAACGACUGAGUCCGACCACCGCGACCAGGUCGUGUCGGUCACGCGAGCGGGAAGCGACGACGAGACGGGGGAGGGUUUCGACAACGUUCCGAAGGAGAAAAGACAGCUGGGACUCACCAGUGCGGCCUUCCUAGUCUUCAAUCGCGUCAUUGGGACUGGCAUCUACGCCACACCGUCGGUCAUCCUGCGCAACUCAGGCUCCGUAGGAGUAGCUCUGCUGAUGUGGCUUCUGGGCGCGCUGAUCGCCGCAUUCGGCACCGCCGUCUACGUCGAGUUGGGGACUGGGCUCCCGCGUAAUGGUGGGGAGAAGAAUUACUUGGAGUUCAUCUACCGGAAGCCGCGUUUUCUCGUCAGCUGCUCGUUUGUUGUGUAUACCCUGAUCAUAGGCACGGCCGCAGCCAACAGCAUUGUCUUCGGAGAAUACCUGCUGAACGCGCUUGCAAUCACACCCACACGAUUCCUGACCCGACUCCUGGCCGUGCUGGUCCUUACAUUCGUGCUCGGGAUGCACGGCACACUCCUCCAGACCGGCGUCCGCCUGCAGAACGCGCUCGGCGUCUUCAAACUGAUCAUCCUGGCCUCAAUUGCGCUGCUGGGUCUACUUUCGCUCCUCGGAGUCCCGGGCUUCGCCGUGCGCGACGGGUACGACAAGCCGGACAACUUCGCGGGCUGGUCACAGAUAUGGGACGGGACGGGGAGCACUGGGGCCAAUGGGCUGGUGACGGCGCUGUACAGCAUCAUUUGGUCGUUUAUCGGAUAUGCGAACGCCAACUACGCGCUGUCCGAAGUGCGCGAUCCGGUGCGGACGAUCAAGCGCGCUGCACCGCUGGCCAUGGCCGCGGUCACGAUCGCCUAUUUGUUGGUGAACAUCGCGUACUUUGCAGUCGUUUCGAAGGGUGAUAUUUUGGAGAGCAAACGCAUCGUCGCAGCACUGUUUUUCCGGAAUCUGUUCGGACCAGCGACUGAGCGGGCUCUGAGUGUCUUCGUCGCUCUGUCAACGCUCGGCAAUCUGCUUUCCGGGCAAUUCACACAAGGCAGAGUCAUCCAGGAACUCGGUCGCGAGGGCAUCCUCCCGUACUCUGGCUUCUUCGCCAGCAACAAGCCGUUCGGCGCGCCGCUUGCUGGGCUGUUCACGCAGUACCUUGUAUCCUGUGCAUUUGUUCUGGGUCCUCCGCCCGGCGAUGUGUAUCUGUUCAUGAUCAGCACCUCGUCGUACUCCCUCGCCCUCGUCAACACCUUCGUCUCGUUCGGGCUGCUGCUGCUCUACACGCCCGCAUACAGGGACUUCAACUGGUCCCCGCCCUUCCGCGCGCCUUGGGCCAUCACAGCCGCGUUCUGCCUCACGAACGUGUUCCUCAUCGUCGUCCCGCUCGUCCCGCCGCCGCUCGGGAAGCAGGUCUACGAGGCUCUCCCUUAUUACCUCCAUGCGGUGGUCGCGAUGUCUCUGGGGCUCGUCGGGGUCGCGUAUUGGUACGUCUGGAGCGUCUGGCUCCCACGGAGGGGCGGGUAUGCGCUCGAGCGCGAGUGGGUCGUGCAGGAGGACGGGGUACCGAGAUGGGUUUUCAGGAAGAAGGAUCUGUGAUAUCACGCGUCAUGUUAGAAACACGCCCGCUCGCUGUACUGAUGACUUGUGCCGGCAUGCGUGUCUAGGGCCGGUUUUGUGGAGCGGUCCGGACGCUGUCUCGUAAGUUAUUUCUCAGCGGACGCGGGGUCUGUGGCGAAUAGUGCUCAGUGCUCACGUCAAACGCCCCAAUUUCGGCCUCAUCGUCCAGGGGUCCACUGUCUCGGACUAGGGUUGGGUUUUCUUCUUCCCUGGUUAUGUUGGCAGGACCAGCCAUCUGGUUUGAUCUUUUUCGGUCCCGUUUCUUGUUCAGUGUUUCCCAAGAUUCCCGCAACAUUACAUUUCUAUUAGCACGGGGAAAUCUCCCUUCCGACGUGGACUAGGGUGCACAUGCGAUGCAUUCGACUAUCCAGAUCUUGAUCUUAUUUAUACAAUUCAUUCGAUCCCUGCUGCUCCACAUGAAGCCUGCAUCACCCUUAAUUCGUAGCUGUGCUCGGGCUUGAUCGAUCAGCAACUAGCCAUCCGUCAGCUCACGCCUCAGCUCACGUGACAGUGUUCCACCUCGAGUCUGCAAGAGCAUCUAUCACUAAUCGAUAGACUUGCGGAUCGACAAAGCACCAGCUCGAGGAGAUUUCCUGAUCGCGC